CACGACGGGACGCCCUUCGAUGCACAAAAAGAGCGGAGACCCGACCGGACUUCCGGCCGGCGUCGGCUCAACGCGGCCCUCCAAGAACCGCAAUUCUUACCCGACCUGGAAGGCCCGUCCCCAAAUCCAACACGCAGUUAAGUAUGCCUACCUGGUAAGCACAUUAUAGCGCACUUCCUCGUCGACUUACCGACAACCCACCUCCGACGAUAGCCAUCUCGUGAGGAUCCCCCGAACAAGCGACAACCCAUCGCCAUGGCCACUCCAACACCCGUCCCCUCCACCACCGCCCUGGCGGCCCAAGCCAAAGCCUUCAAAUCCCUCCACAACCCAGGCAACCCGCUCGUCCUAGCCAACGCCUACGACGCGACCUCGGCGCGCAUCAUCGGUUCUCUGUCCGGCUGCCGCGCCCUCGCCUCCGCAAGCUGGGCGCUGGCCAAAACAAUCGGCACCGAUGACGAGAAGCUCACACUCGAGCAAAACUUUGCGCUCCUCACCCCUAUCGCAGCUGUGGCGCGCGAGCUGAACCUUCCUCUGACGGUCGACAUUCAGGACGGGUACGGCGACCGGCUGGACGAGGUCAUUCGUCGGGUUAUUACUGAAUUGGGCGCUGUCGGGGUGAACCUGGAGGAUUCGAACCAUGAGAGCGAGGCCAUGAUGGAGGAGGUGGAGGCCGUGAAGAGAGUGCGGCGGGCGGUGGAGGUUGCGGUCGAGGCCGGAGUGCCGGACUUUGUGGUCAACGCCCGGUCGGAUACGUUCUUGAUGGGUGGGGAACUGGAUGAGUCAAUCCGGCGCGGGAAGAAGUAUCUUGAGGCCGGGGCUACGACGAUUUAUGUGUUUUGGCCGCCCAACAAGGAGAUGGCGGAGGCGGACGUGAAAAAGGUGGUGGAUGCAUUCGACGGGAGGGCGAAUAUCCAGCCGCGCAAGGUCUCACAGGUGCAGACCAAGGCCCUGACUGUGGCCGAUAUAGCUAGGUUGGGCGCUGCGAGGAUCAGCGUCGGGCCGCAGUUGUAUCGCGCUGCUACUGCGGCGCUCGAAGCGGCGGCGAAUGAGUUGUUUGCAGGUGGUGUUUAGAUGGGCACGGCAGGCGGGAAGUCUCACAACGGAGUCACAAAAUUAAGCGAUGAGUCACAACUAUACAGUAGAUUACGGAUCGAAAAUGCAACCAAGAAAUCAACCUGGGAGAAAACCAAUUGUUUGAAAUGAGAUUCCUCGAUAAAGUGCGAGUUAAUUGAAAGCCAAAAAGGCGGGGCCGAGCCA